AUGGCGUCACCGUUAUGCGGAGGUAAGACGUUACUAUUACUGCUAGUUGUUGCGGCCACCCUGUCCUUGGAGCAUGGUGUACCAGUUCAUGGAUUUUUGGCCGCCAGCUCCGACUGCCAAAGGAGUUGCGGCAACAUCACCAUCCCCUACCCUUUCGGCAUCGGGGCCGCCUGCUCCUGGGAGCCCUCUUUUAACGUUUCAUGCCUCGUCGAUGGACAAGGGCAAGAAGCGGCAUAUCUCCGGGUCGGGGUUUCCCUUUUUAAACUGUUUGAAAUCGAUGUGUCCCAAGGCGAAGUUCGCGUGGAAGGUCCCAUAUCCAGGAGCUGCCGCAAUGGCCCCAAGUCGGAGCUCCUCUUGGUACCAGUCCCCCCUUUCACAGUAUCCAACAAGAACAAACUCACAGCAAUCGGGUGUGCUAUCGUUGCAGCAAUCGGUAGCCAGGAUGGGUACACCAGCGCAUGCGGAUCAUUCUGCAACCAAGAUAGCAUGGGCAAUAUUACAGAGUGUGCUGGCAUAGGUUGCUGCCAGACUUCCAUCCCCUCUCCUGGUAAUCUGAGGACCUUGAAUGCCUCGUUUAUUGUAACAGCAGACAGUAUGCACAUCUCUACGCCCCAGAAGUUUAGCAGCCCGUGCAGCUAUGCUUUCGUCGCCGACGCAAAUUGGUUCGAAUUUGAUCCUUUGUAUGUCACCUCGGCAAAAUUUGGAGAAAUGUAUGGACCAGGAAGCGACCGUGGAGUUCCUUUGGUGCUCGAUUGGGUUGUUGGUAACGGAACUUGCGGGGAAGCCUUGAAGAAUGCAUCUUCAUAUGCAUGCCUCUCCGAGAACAGCGUUUGCUUGUAUCCAUCCAUUGGUCUAGGGUAUCGCUGCGAGUGCCUUGCAGGUUUUAAGGGCAAUCCCUACGUAGACGGAGGCUGUAAAGAUAUCGAUGAGUGUGCUUUCCCAAACUUGUGCAGUGGUACCUGCGUUAACGUCAUCGGAAGCUACAUGUGCACUCCGCAUCAAGGCAUAGGUGUAAUCAUUGGUAUAGGAGUUGGUAGCGCCGCAGGCUUUAUGAUUUUGGUUGUCAUUGCAUUCUUUAUUACUCAAAGGUUUAAGCACAGGAGGGCAAUGAAGUUAAAACAAAAGUAUUUUGAGCAGAAUCGUGGACAAUUAUUACAACAGUUGGUAUCCCAAAGGACUGACAUUGCGGAAAGAAUGAUCAUAACUGUGGAUGAGCUUGCAAAGGCAACCAACAACUUUGACCCAGCUCGUGAGCUAGGUGGUGGAGGGCAUGGUACUGUUUACAAAGGUAUUUUGUCGGAUCUACAUGUUGUGGCUAUCAAGAAGUCAAAGAUAACAGUCCAAAGAGAAAUAGAUGAGUUCAUAAACGAGGUUGCCAUUCUCUCGCAGAUCAACCACAGGAAUGUAGUAAAAAUUUUGGGAUGUUGCCUAGAAACGGAGGUCCCAUUGUUGGUUUAUGAGUUUAUUUCCAACGGAACCCUUUGUCACCAUCUUCAUGUUGGGAGUCCAAGAUCACUAUCAUGGAGAAACAGGUUAAGGGUCGCAUCUGAAAUUGCAAGUGCCAUUGCCUAUCUCCACUCAUCACUUUCAAUCCCAAUCAUCCAUAGAGAUAUCAAAUCUAGUAACAUACUUCUUGAUGAUACCCUAACAUCAAAGGUGUCAGACUUUGGAGCAUCAAGGUACAUUCCAUUGGAUAGAACAGGAAUAACCACAGUUGUCCAAGGGACUAUAGGAUACUUGGACCCUGUGUACUUUUAUGAAGGCCGCCUCACUGACAAAAGUGAUGUCUACAGCUUUGGUGUUAUUGUUGUGGAAUUGCUGACAAGGAAGAAACCAUUUUCAUAUUUUUCAUGUAACGGCGAGGGCCUUGUUGCACAUUUUUCCAAAUUACAUGGUGAAGGCAAUCUGAUCGAAAUACUAGAUCCUCAAGUUAUUGACGAGGGAGGCCAAGAAGUCCAAGCAGUGGCCGCACUUGCAUCAUCAUGUAUAAGGUUAAGGAGUGAAGAACGACCAACCAUGAGACAAGUGAACCGUGCACUAGAAGGUCUUCUCUCACCUGAGAAUCAUGCAGGGGCUAAUAAUAUGUUGGCAGAGGAAUUUGAUGAGAAUGGUCAGAUGAUGAUAGGUUAUCCAUCGCCUGAUGAGGGGCAAAGCAUGGGGGAAUCUACUAGAUGGUACAGUUUGGAACAAGAAUCAUUGAUGGCUGUGCAUUCUCGGUAG